CGUGAUCAGAACAAGAGCGCUCUUGCCGGCGGAUGGCAGAUCGACGCGGUCGGCGAGGAGACUUGCGUCCACGACGGGAUGGCAGCGAAGGCGCCUACGAAUCUAUCGAUGUACUUGAAGAGCAGCAGCUGAGGCACGAAAGACAGGUUGACUCGGUCGAUGCUGUGCCGACCGACCAUCGUUCGUACUCGUUGACGUCGAGGACGAGCGCCAUGCGAUUGCUUCCAGUCGCAGUCCGCCGCCUCUUGACCUCUGGCUCCGGAACAUUCAACGACAAUCGAUCAGGCACUGCUCCGACAGAAACGUACGAGUCCCACGCGACCCCUACCAAUGUCGUGACCGAUGUCGACGGGAUGCUUCCGUUGGAUCUGGAAAAGGAGUCUCUGCACAGAAAAUCAGUUGCAACGUCGCAGGGCGGUCUUCGGGGCACUCUGUACACGUCGCACCCCCGUCGUCCAGACAUGACGCCAUUCUCAAUUCCCCGCGUCACGCUGCAGGAGACCCAGCGAUACACGUUUGCGAUCAUUCUGCGCAACAAUCAGCAAGUGGCGCGGCUGUACAAAGAACGACUACAGGAAGCGACCAAUGCAACGCAGCGGGCGAAUCUGACCCCCGCCGACAUGACAGCGCAUGUGGCUGCUCUCCAGCAAAAGGCGCUGCGGCGACUCGUCCAAGCCGGUCUUGGCGUAAUCCUGCUCGACAACGACACGUACAUCAGCGACAAGGACGCCAAGCAUGGUCAAACGGACAACAUUUGCAUCCUCGUCGAUCCGUACAAGAGCAAAGGGCUGCUGAACCUGGAAUUCAUGCGUGAGAAGGACGAGCUCGCGAUCCACCAAGGCAACGCGACAGCCCGUCUCGGCGAAGCUCGGCUUCCCAUCUCAGGUUCCAAGGACAUUUGCUUUUCGCCUGCUUUGGAGCUCCAACUCACACACAACAUCAUCCGCAAUGCAUUUCGGGACUACGACCAAGACGUGUGCGACUUGGACCGCAAUUUUGUGCCGUGCGUGCUCGACGUCGUGCACGCGAUGUUUCCGCUUCACGACAAAAAGUUCAACAACGAGUUUUUCAACGAGUACCGCCGCCACACGUUCAAGUUGCGGUGGGGCAAGACCGUCACUGGUAAUUCGGAACGUUGGGCCAUCGAAGAAUUGCGACUGCACUUUGGCGAACGCGUGGCAUUUUUGUUUGCAUUCAUGCACAUUUACACCAAGGCGCUGUUGCCGCUCUUGCUCAUCCUCGUGACGUACUACAUGGCGUUCCGGUUCGGCCCGAAUACGUGGGAUUCAUACUUGGUCGGGCUAGCGAUCCUCGGCUUUUUGAUCACGAGUGUGUGGGGCCCGAUUUUGCUGCACUUGUGGAACCGAGAGACGCUCUUGCUCGCGGAAAAGUGGAAUCUCGGCGGAUACAAGCAAACGGCGUUUGAAGCCAACGACGAAAAUCCGCAUUACGAGUACACGUGGGAGCAGAAUGUGUUGACCCAUCAGUACGAAAAGGUGCCGAAGACGCGAAAACUCGGCGCGAUGCGGGUCACGAUGGGCUUUUUUGUCUUGUUGAGUUGCGUCAUUCAGUGCAUCUGUAUCCUCCCGUUUAUCCAAUGGUAUGUGUAUGCCAAGACCGUGCUGUCGUGCGGCGAAUGCAAAGAAGCGCUGAAGGCAGUCCCGUUGAACGAACAGACCAUUUUCGACUGCAAACAAUUUCUCACGUGCUUCAACUCGUCGAGUUCGCUGGUUGGCACGGAUCGGUGGGUGUAUAUUCUCGCGCAAGGGAUCGUGCUGGGGCUCAUGAUCGACGUGGUGUUUUUCGAGUUUUUUCGAUGGCUCUCGAUCAAGUUUGUCCACUGGGAAAAUUGCGCCAAGAAGUCUCAAUUUGAGGCCAAGCUCAUCCAUCGUUCGUUUGUGUUUGUCUGGACAAAUUGGUUCUUUUGGUUUCUCUUUCUCGCGUUCGUGUACAUUCCGUACGGCGAACUCAUCAACAUUUACUUCAAAAAGAUUUGCGACAGCCUCAACAUCAAGCUCAAGUGGACUUGGGACCCGACAGUGCUGUCGCUCGACCAGCUCUUUGUGACCCCCCUGGUCGCCACUCAGUUUCUCAACAUGAUCUUGGAAACGUGGGUGCCGUACGUGAUGAAAAAAUAUCGUGGGAAGCCGUUCAGCGUGCGGUAUUGGUUCAACACGUGGAGCUGCACGCUGCGCCGGGAGUUUAUGACGCACGCCAAGCGCGCGACCAACAACAAGUCGGCCCGCAGGCUGUCCAAGGACGUGACGUCGACCACGCGAUUUUUUGUCCCAGUGCUGGAGCGCUCGGACGAUGACAACCAGCACACGGCGUACGAGAUUGUGGCCGAGGCGACGUUGCCCGAGUUUGACACGCAAUUGGAUUAUUUGGACGCAGCGAUUCAGUUUUCGUACGUGGUCAUGUUCUCGGUGGUGUGGCCGCUGCUUCCGAUCCCGGCCUUUAUCAACAACAUCUUGGAAGUGCGCGGCGACGCGUUUCGAUUGCUGUUUUGCCAUCGCCGCCCCAUGCCUCGACGUGAUGUGUCGAUUGGCGAGUGGGCCACGGUUCUGCAGUACGCCAACAUUAUCGGGAUCACGGUCGUCUCGGCAUUCAUCGUCAUGUACCAUGGGAUUGCGUACUACAUGAACGAGUGCAACUUUUCGUUUUCAAACGCAGACAUGGUCCCUCUCUUCACGGUGAAAACGUCCGCGGCCGUGAACCCAGAGUUGUGCCACCAGCAGCUUCAUGGGGACCGCAGCAACAUCAUGAUGGCCCAAGUCAUUGCGUUCAUCAUUUUGGAGCAUUUGGGCUUUGUCCUGCGGUACUUGGUCACGCAAGGCAACAAAGUGCCGACGUCGAUUGGAAACCCGAGUUAUUUGCGGCUCAAGCAGCUACGCGAACUCACGGCGAAGCGAUCGGCGGUCGUCGAACAGUUUGAGUACAUGAAGCAGCUCCGACUGAUUUUCGACAAGUACGACCGCGACGGCAUCGAUCACUUGUACGAGGAAGAGCUCGCGAUGUUUCUCGCCGAGUGGGUCGGCACGGACCGGUCCAAGCUGAACGCGUCCAUUUUGUUUCGAUACAUGGACAAAACGCGGCUGGGCAAAGUGCCGUUUUCGACAUGCUGCCUCAUGCUGCGCCAUGCCGAGUACGACCGGUUCUUCUCGGUGCUCUUGGGCACGUGCGAUUCCCUCGACAACUUUCGCAAUGACGGGAUGCGUCUCUCGAUUGCGGACGAAGGGAUCGGUGCCCAUGCCAGACAUCUCUCGAGAUAUCGAUCUCUCUCGGACGCGACCCCGCGCACGGCCUCUGGGCGGUACUGUGACGACGCGGGCUCCGACCAAGCCAGCGUGGUGACGACCCCUCGGUCGCUGUUUCGUCAGCGCAUGUCGUCAUCGUCAUCAUCGUCGUCGUUGGUUCUCGAUCCGACCGGGACGCGUUUGUAUAUUAAUGAUUAAUCGACCAUGCGUUGUCGUGAA